UUAGUCUAAUCUAAGAUGGCCGCCUAGUGCUCUGAAGUAACGCGGUUACUACAUGUGAACAUGUCACUUCUUAGAGUAUGUUCUUUUGCCAAAUGUUUGAGUCGUCAUAGUGUGUUUCAAAAAUGUGCUGUCCGCGUGAGUUUCGCGGACCGUUGCCCGGUGCGUGUGUCGGUGAGAAAUGGCGCAGUCAGACGAAUAUCAGAGUCGUGUUUGCACAUUCCAAGAAGACAAAUUUCAUCAGUAAUCCCAAAGUCGGAAGAUGCCAAGAAACGUAUACUUAAACAAUCUCAGUUGUUAGACGUGCUUGAGGCCAGAAUCCAACAACUCCAAUCUGACAUCAUUGUAGAUGUCCAGCAUGCAAAUGUACAGUUUGUUAAAGUUCCUUCUUAUGGGAGAGGAGCUUCAUCUGGUAGAGUUCCCAAAGGCUCAUCCAAAGAGAAAAUAGACAUUUCUCAAUCUGGACAGACUGUUGGGAAAGGAGUCUCUAAAUCCAAGCCUAGCCGUUGGAUGGAAAAAUUGACUCAGGAGAAGAAAAAUAAACAAAAGAAACAGCAGCCCCUCAAGCAGAAUAUUCAUACAGAUGUCAAAGAGAAACCAUCAUCGAAAUCUAAAGGCUCCAAAAGCAACUUAAUGGCCAUUGGAACAACACAUAAAACUAUAUCCACUGCUGCUAAAAAGAGCAAAGGUGGCACGAAACUGUCAGAUGAAAUUCGUACGGCAGCUUCUUCAACUGCCACAUCAACUGCAGUUACUUUAGGGAAAACAGCUGCACCACAGAAAUUUUCUAAGCAGAAAAGGAAAGACUCAAAAAAGAAGGAUGUUGGUGAAGAGGUAAACAAACAGGUCAGUAUUGAUUCUCAGGCCAGGAGUGAGCUGUCUGAGGUGGAGGAGCUUGAGAAGAGACUAAAUCAACAAGUAAGCCAAUGGACCUCCUCAAGUUCCCCAGAGAGCUUGCAGGACAGCAGCGAAGAGAGUGCAUGUGGCAACAUCCAGCUUAGCAUCCACUCCUACUUGGAGGCAUGCGUAUUUAUUGGGGACAUUGAGCGGGCGCAGUGUUUUCUGCUCAGUCAGCACAGAGUUAUGAGACGACGGAAACUCCUCUACACAGAAGUUUACAACAUCAUGAUGAGGGCGUGGGCCAAGAAGGGCUCAUUAAAACAGAUUGGCAGCAUCUUUAUUCUGUUAGAAGAAGCUGGUCUUAAGCCAAAUCUGGGAUCCUACUGUGCUGCUCUGGAGUGUAUGGGCCGCAAUCCAAACUGUUUCUCAAAAGUCAUAUCCAGGUGCCUGAACCACAUGGAGGAGGACGGCCUGUCUGUAGAUGAUCUGUUUAGCCAGUGUAUGUUCCGACAAGAUGAGAGGGACAUGCUGUUGAAGGCCAUACGCACUGUAAUGCCCGACUACCAGCCCAGACUAAACCUGCACACCAGCCAGUGCUCUUCAGCACUGGCUCAGGACUACUACACACAGAGGGAACACCACACCUACCCGAAACUUGACUUUACUCAGGAGGAGCUCCAGGAGCGUUUCAAACUUCAGCUCCGUGUGGAGCAGGCCUGCACUGUCACCAUCGACUCUGUGGAAGCAGCCAAGCCAGUCACUGAAAACAUGGCCAAAAUGAGGGAGCUGCUGGCAGAGCAGCGAAUACAGUGGCAGAAGGUCCUCCUCCAGGCCCUGAGGGAAAGCAAAAUGAACCUGGCCAACACCAACACCAAGGACUACAGGCUUAACCUUUAUCCCCAUCUCUCCCUGCUGGAGGAUAGGGAGUAUGUUGACAUUAUGAUACAGAGUGUUUCCAACAUGCCUCCUAGUGGAGAAUCACUGAAGAUUUUAGCCAGAGAUCUGGGGAACAGGGUCUACACCAUGUACUCUGUACGGCAGAAACACAAGAAUCAGACCGUGGACAAGUUGGAAAGCAUUUAUAAUGCUUACACAGAUCUGCUGGCCAAAGACAUCAAGGUGAACAGCAUCCUCCCCAGGGAGCAGUGGUGCAAGCUGGAGAUGGAGCAGAGUUCAGGUCCCACACUACAGGGGGGUGAAAUAAGCUGGCCAUACACAGUAACAGUGGAGCUGGGCACCUACUUGGUGGACAUUAUGGUGAAGAACCUCAAAAUUAACAGCGACAUCCUGAACCCAGCCUAUGACAGAAAGGUCAUCCCCAUCCUCUACCACAUGUACGCCUUCCGCAGCACCCGCCAGGUUGGCUUCAUCAAGCCCCACCCCAUCUUGACUCAGAUGCAGCAGGAAGCAAUGGAAACCAAGCUGACCUUUGACUCCUAUGUGAUGCCGAUGCUGUGCCCUCCGGUGCCCUGGACUUCAGUCAAGUUUGGAGCCUACUUGCUCACACCAGCCAAACUGAUGCGCACAGUGGAAGGGGCCAUCCAGCACGAGCAGCUGCUGGAAAAAUGUCAGAAUCUUCACGCAGUCUUUGACUCACUCAACCAGUUAGGAAACUGUGCCUGGAGGGUUAAUAAACCAAUAUUGGACAUAAUUAUCUCAGUCUUCAAUGAUCGUGGUAGUGAUAAGCUGGACAUCCCUCCACCCAUGUCAGAAGCCCCCAAAAUACCCCAUUUUAACCCCCAAGACCCCACUUACACAGCUAGUGAGAAGGCCCACAUGAAAAGAGAGGUAAUUAAUGCCAAAAAGAAGUGUGGUGAGAUGCACAGCUUGCGUAUGGAUGCGCUCUAUAAACUCUCUAUUGCCAACCAUAUGCGGGAUGAGAUCUUCUGGUUCCCUCACAACAUGGACUUCAGAGGACGCACUUAUCCAUGUCCACCAUACUUUAAUCAUCUGGGAAGUGAUGUCACACGAGCGAUGCUUGUGUUUGCAGAGGGGAAACCUCUUGGUCCCAAGGGACUGGACUGGCUAAAGAUCCACUUAGUCAAUCUGACAGGGUUAAAAAAGAGGAGCUCCCUACAGGGUCGACUGGAGUACGCCAACACCAUUAUGGAGGACAUACUGGAUUCUGCAGACAACCCUCUAAAUGGUAAGAAGUGGUGGAUGAAUGCAGAUGAGCCAUGGCAGGCGCUGGCCUGCUGCAUGGAGAUAGCCAACGCUGUCAGGUCACCUGAUCCAACAGAGUUCAUAUCUGGUUUUCCAGUUCACCAGGAUGGCUCCUGUAAUGGUCUUCAGCACUAUGCUGCUUUAGGCAGAGAUGUUAUUGGUGCCACAUCCGUCAACCUCAUGCCCUGUGAUGUGCCCCAGGAUGUUUACAGCGGGGUUGCUCAGCAGGUGGAGGAGUUGCGAGCUCGGGAUGCACAAAAUGGCAUGAAGAUCGCGCAGGUUCUGGAGGGCUUCAUCAGCAGGAAGGUGGUCAAACAGACGGUGAUGACUGUGGUGUAUGGGGUCACGCGCUAUGGGGGACGCCUCCAGAUAGAGAAAAGGCUGAAGGAGAUUGAUGAGUUCCCGAAGGAUCAUGUAUGGGAUGCAUCCCAUUACCUGGUGCGUCUGGUGUUCAGUGGCUUAAAGGAGAUGUUUACUGGGACCAGAGAGAUUCAGGAUUGGCUGACAGAGAGCGCCAGGCUCAUCUCCAAGUCUGGCCACACUGUAGAGUGGGUGACACCCCUGGGUUUACCUAUUAUUCAGCCCUACCACCGCAAACGCAGCCAAGUGCUCAAGAGUUCCAUGCAACAUAUAAACCUCCAGAUCAGCCAUGACACUAAAGAGAGACCAGACACAGUUAAACAGAAAAAUGCGUUCCCACCAAACUUCAUCCACUCUUUGGACUCCACACACAUGAUGCUGACUUCUCUCUACUGCUACAGCGCUGGCCUGACAUUUGUCUCAGUUCAUGACUGUUUCUGGACCCACGCUCUUACCGUGGACACCAUGAACAAGAUCUGCCGGGAGCAGUUUGUCGCCCUGCACAGCCAGCCAAUCCUGCAAGAGCUUUCCAACUUCCUGCUGUGGAAAUACUGCACCUCAGUCCCCAGGACUGAAGCAAAGAGCAAGAAAUAUCAGGAGUACAGGAGGCUGAUGUUGCUGCUAUCCAGUGUGCCCCAGAAAGGUGAUUUUGAUCUCCAGCGGGUGAAAGAAUCCACAUACUUCUUCAGCUGAGAGGCUCAUGAGGGUGAGCCAGCAGAAAAAUUUGAGUGGAAUUGACAGAAUGCAGCAGGGGAGGCUGCAGGCCUGAGAUUCCUGACCAGCUUUGCCUCUCACAGACAUGAGGACAUUGAUCCAGCCGCGCCCUGCCUGGCUCCCUGUCCAUGGACCAGCUGCACGUUUACACACAGUGAACUUGGCUGAUUAACCGACUUGUAGCCUGAUGGAAAAGGUGGGUGGGAUAAUCACCCAGGCGAAAAAUGAGAGCAUCAACAUCGGAUGGGAGCGCUAAGACUUCAGUUACAGAAGAAAUAUCUCCUAUAGCAGAUGCUUUCACCAUAUUUCAGUAUGUGUGUGUGCAUUUGCCGCAAUGAACCGUGUGUGAACACUCGGAACAGACUGAGUAGAAACUUUCUUACAAAUAAUAUGUGUGUGUGUUUGUGCAUGUUUGUUCAUUUUCAUACUGUAAAGACCUCCAGGGAGUGCUGACCCACCUGUGCGACCAUCCCACCCAGUCAUCGAUCUAAUCACUCGCUGAAGGGCACAAUGCUCAAACAUCUUAACUUUAAAUGAAAAAAAAUGGGUGGAAAAGAGACUUUUCAGAGGAAAUGAAAGAUAUGCUUUACUGAACAGGGGAUCCUCUCCACUGAACUCUGAGAAAGAGACAUGAAGAGUGAUGAGUCAGGGGUUUCUGAGAGAGGGUCCUCUUGACUCUGACCUUCUUCGAGUAAAAGAGCACUUGACACUUGCUUUGAAAUAAAUUGUUUUUUCUUAAAAUGUUUCCAUCUUCAUUCAGGUCAAAAAAAAAGAAGCAGAUAUUUUUAUUAGUGUGCUUUAAUGGGAUGAAUGAAGCAGCCUGUUAUUUAGUUGUAUCUGCAUAUUUUAAUCCUAUUGUGGAUUGUGAGAUGAAGGCCUCCUUUUAAAUGUAGCACAAAGGGUUUGCAGGCUUCACUAAUCAACUCAGAUCUUAUUUUUCUGGGCCAGUGCUGCAUCUAGAAGUAAAAAUAGCAGAAGUGUUAUCUGAUCAUAGCUGGAAAUGUUACAGCAGUUUCAGACAAAAGGUGUUGAUGUUCAAAGGCAAACGUAGGCACCGCCAAACAAAGCUGGCUGAGUGACAAUGUAAUAAAAUGGAAAUAAUCUUUGAGGGGGCAUAAAUAGUGUGAUGAUGAGACUGUAGGUUUUCAAAUGAUUUGCAUGGCAACAUGCACACAAAGAGGUUCUCUUCAUAUUUUAUGGCAUGCAUGAGAUGCGACUGAUCAGUAAUAUUAUUCUGGUUAAAAAAAAAAAAAAAAAUUACCCAUCAUCAUCUGGCUCAAUUUUACAGUGAGCUGUGUUUUCAAUCCUCACUUUGCUGUCUGAGGACCAGCUGCUAAUAUCGCAAAAUUAUCAGUGCUUUCAUUGUCAGAAGGUAGAAAAUGAGAUUUUAAUGUAAAAAUUUGAUUAAAGCUGAUUACAAGACCUGAAUUUCUUUCACAUAAAGAGAAUUUUGAAAAGGAUGUUGAUAUAUUUGCACUGGGUUAUAAAUGAGGUUG